UUCAUUGGGGAGGUGGCCGGGGUUGAUGCGCUUCAGAGAGAAAGAGUCCUUCAAAUCCUGAGCCAGAAUGGAGUUGAGUGGGAAGUGGCAGACCACCCUCCUGCAGUUGUGGAAGUGACUGAAAGUGGGGGUGGAGUUUUGGAGUCCCUCUCCCUGUUUCUGACAGGAUCUCUGCUCCACUACUCUUUCAUGAAGCCAAACUCUUCUUCUACGAGUGUAUCAUCAUCAGAAUCCAUCAAGCAGUUAUGUUACGUGGAGCACGACGAACUAUUCGAGAUUCACGAAUUUUAUACACUAAGAAGGUCGAAAGCCGGUCGUCCCCAGAAGCUGUCAUCUCCAGACAAGCAGUUCUGCGUCCGUGCUAUCACCUCUGGGAAGCUGGAAACAGCCACACAGGUCACCAGCAAGUUCAGGGACGUCAGGAGUCCACGGACCUUUCUCCCUCGAGAAGAAGAACAUGGACAUGAGGACUGGCGGGGGAUCCUCCUCUUUGCUGACAUGGACAAACAACCCAUGAGAAUCAUACCUAUUGUUCCUUCUUACAUGGAAGGAGACAUAUGGAUAAGGACAGAAAAGCUACCCCCAGUGUAUGGGGAGGGCCAGGUCCUGUCCUCCUUGACGAAGCUCUCAUUCCGAGGAAGGAUGGACGUGCUGUGGUUUGAUCAUACGGCGACCGGCGGCACGAACCAGGCGAUCUUCCAAAGCCAGUUGGGAACUACUCAGCAAUGGGUGGAUGAUAUGUUUGCAGGGAUUGCCCUUCUCUUUGCUGGAGUGGUCGGCUCAGAUUUCAUCUCGGUGCACGAAGCCACCAAAGCUCGUAGGUCCCACUUCGUUUGGGUCUUCCGCAAAAAGGAGUGCAUUGUUUGC